UUGGAUCGAUGGGCUCGCAAUCAGCUUCUCUUCAGCGGCCGCUCCAUUCUCCUUCGCCGCACAGCGUGCUGGCCCUCAGCAGGCUGAGCCGAGACGUGGACCGCGUCCGCUCGAGGUGACUCAGCCCACCUGAUGCUUGAAAUGUGUCCUCGUGCGUGCGGUGGAGAUGGCACGCCGGUGCUCCGCCACGCACCGUCCAGAGCAUCCUCACACAUGUGUCACCAUGCCAGAAGCGCCGUGCAGUCCUUCGCAAACGACAAGGCUGCCGCGCUCGACGCACAAGAACGUGUCGAACCCGUCUUAUCGAUAGGCGUGCAUGGCGUCCGCUCCGACACCGGCUUUUGUGCGACGAACCGCUGUGACUGUGAUUGAUGGCAACCAAAAUUAUUUUUUUUGUCGCUUGCACACGCUACCUCAAACGACACCAUGUCAACGCCGCUCCUUGCUGCAAUUGACAUUGGCUCAUACGCCUCGAGCUCCCGCGGACUGUCCCCAAAGCAAUUAUCCUAUGUCCACCACGUCUUCGCUCGGAUAGCUCCUGGUGCGGUGGAGGAUGCGCUCCACUAUCUAAGACAGACGACAGGCCUGUACUCGAGCUACUUUGACGUGACAGCGCUCUCCGACGUGAACGAUGUGGUCACAUUGCUGGAUUCAGGCGUAAAGAAAGCAUUCGUGACGAGGGAGCAGCUGGCGCAGUUGAAAGAUGUGGGACACCUGCACGCAGACCGGAUCGUACUCAGCGUUGCGGGCGAUCAGAAGGAGGAGAUAGGUAAUGCAAGCGGCGAUCAGAACAUUGGAAUAUAUGCACACGGCGUAAAGGACAACAAGUUCGUCCACGAUUUUCUACAGGGAUACGGUGCAUCGCGACCAGAUGUCUUCAUCGCGUUGCAGACAGCGUCGGAAAAUGACGUGGUCGAUGCAGUCAAGCUGGGCGCUACUGUGGUUGUGCCUGCCUCUCAGUUGACUGUGGAUCCAACAAACACGCCCGGCCUGAUAGAUGUAGCUAAAGUCCUCAUGGCCAACGCGAAGACCGAUAGGCAGGAUGGACUUUUCACGACUCUAGUUACGGAUGAGAGGGGCAUAGCGCUUGGCCUGGUGUACAGCAGCGAAAAGAGCGUCUCGGAGAGCCUGCGGACGGGGACCGGCGUGUAUCAGAGUCGAAAGAGGGGGCUGUGGUACAAAGGCGAGAGCAGUGGGGAUGUGCAGGAGCUGGUGCGAGUUGGCCUGGACUGCGAUUCCGACUGCCUUCAAGUGGUGGUGCGGCAAAAGGGUAGGGGAUUUUGCCAUUUGGCCACGGCAACAUGCUUUGGGCACUACUCUGGCCUGUCAAGGUUGCAGCAAACGCUAGAGAGCAGGAAAGCGUCAGCACCGGAAGGCUCGUACACCGCGCGUUUGUUUAACGAUCCGAAACUGUUGCAGGCUAAGAUCAUGGAGGAGGCAAGUGAGUUGUGUGAGGCGACAACCAAGGAAGACAUUGCAUUCGAAGCCGCGGACCUACUUUACUUUGCUCUUACAAAGUGUGUCGCUGCAGGUGUUAGCCUUUCAGAUGUCGAACAGAGUCUAGACGCAAAGAGCGUGAAGGUUAAGCGACGGAAAGGUGACGCGAAGGGCCCUUGGGCAGCAGCGGUGGGAGUUUCGAACGGAGCAUCUGCUUCAACGGCUCCAGAGACCGAGAAAUCAGCAAAGAACAACGUCACAGAGGCUGCUCCGACUCCCAAAGUGUCAGAUGACCCCGCAAAUGCAGUAGAGGCACGCAUACAGAUGCAGAGAUACGAUACUGCGACUGCUUCGCCUCAGGCCAUACAGGAAGCACUUCAGCGACCCUCUCAGAGAUCGACGGACAAGAUCAUGAACAUUGUGAACCCCAUCAUCAAGGAUGUCCGCGAAAAUGGAGACAAAGCCCUCCUAUCAUACACCCACAAGUUUGAGAGGGCCACUAGCCUAACGUCGCCAGUGCUCAAAGCGCCCUUUCCAGAGUCGCUUAUGCAGCUACCUCCGGAGACUAUCGAGGCAAUUGACGUGUCGUUUGAGAACAUCCGCAAGUUUCACGCUGCUCAGAAGGAGUCGAAGCCGUUGCAGGUCGAGACCAUGCCUGGCGUGGUAUGCUCACGCUUUAUGAGACCUAUUGAACGUGUCGGCCUUUACGUGCCGGGUGGCACAGCCGUCCUUCCUUCCACAGCUCUCAUGCUUGGUGUGCCGGCCAUGGUGGCCGGAUGCAAAAAAAUUGUAAUCGCAUCGCCUCCACGGGCGGACGGCUCGCUCACUCCCGAGAUCGUUUAUGUGGCGCACAAAGUAGGCGCUGAGAGCAUCGUGUUGGCCGGUGGCGCACAGGCUGUAGCGGCGAUGGCAUACGGCACCGAGUCCGUCAGCAAGGUCGACAAAAUCCUAGGCCCUGGCAACCAAUUCGUCACGGCGGCAAAGAUGGUCGUCAGCAACGACACGAGUGCGGGCGUCAGCAUAGACAUGCCCGCCGGACCGAGCGAGGUGCUCGUCAUCGCCGACGAAACUGCAAAUCCUGCAUUUGUAGCUUCGGAUCUGCUCAGUCAAGCGGAACAUGGUGUGGACUCGCAGGUAGUCUGCAUUGCGGUCGAUCUGUCGGAACAACAACUUGCUGCAAUCGAGGACGAAUUGCACAGGCAGGCGCAGGCGUUGCCGAGAGUGGACAUUGUGAAGGGUGCUAUCGAGCACAGCGUAACGCUGAAGGUCAGGGACAUCAACGAAGCUAUGGCUCUGAGCAACUUGUAUGCGCCCGAACAUCUGAUACUGCAGGUCAAAGACGCCGAGAAGGUCGUCGAUCUGGUGCAAAAUGCUGGGUCCGUGUUCAUUGGACCCUGGACACCCGAAAGUGUGGGCGAUUAUUCUGCUGGUGUCAAUCACUCGCUGCCAACGUACGGGUAUGCAAAGCAGUACUCUGGCGUCAAUUUGGGAUCCUACGUGAAGCACAUCACCUCGUCUAAUCUGACCGCAGAGGGUUUGAAGAACGUGGGGCGUGCCGUCAUGCAGCUGGCAAAGGUGGAGGAAUUGGAAGCGCAUCGGCGUGCGGUCGCUAUACGACUAGAGCACAUGGCGGCUUCAUCGUGAUGCUACAGCGGUGCAAGGAAUUCAUGCUGUCCGAAGAGAUAACAAUGACAUGUAGAAAGAGUGCAUAUCAAUAUCACAUGCCGCCCUCUCACUUCCGGCUUGCUACC